AUGCUGCUUUUUGCAGCGUCUUCGGUCUCUCAGUCGACCACGACCACUACAGACGUGUAUUACCCGACCAUCCUCAGUGCAGCUGGUAAUAUCACGGGAUUACCCGGUGGUAAUGACCUCUGUGGCUCUGAACGUGUACGGAAGCCAUGGAGUGCCCUUCGUUCCGAUGAACAAGCUCUCUACAUUGAAGCUACUAAACUAGCAGUUGCUGACGGUGGGGUCGCAGCUUUUGCUGCAAUUGCUGCUGAUUCAUUGAGUCAAGCUCAAGGUGAAUAUUCUUGUGCGUUUUUCAGCUGGUAUCGCCGUCUCUUGUUAGCCUACGAGUCUUACUUACGUACACUUGACGAACGUUUUGCUUGUCUUACAUUGCAUUACUAUGACGUGCACACUGCAUACUUAAAGGCAGUGAAUGGAGACUGUACCAAUAUGUUUGACUGUAGUGAUAUCUUUCAAGCACUUGGUGGCAAUGUCAAGUCAAACAAGAUCACAACGUCGACAUUCAAUGGUAUUGAAGCGACUGGGUAUGUUGUUACCGGGUUCUCGUCGAAGAACGUCGUGCGUAACGAUCUGUCGACAAAGUUCAUCCCAAGUGCUGCAAGUUUCAGUACAUUUCAAAGUAUCGUCGCCACGUCGGUCGACUAUGCAACGUUCUUGCAGGGAAUCAAAUACGGCGUGCAUGAUGAAGUACUUAAUGCAAUUGGAGGUACAUUUGCCACGGCAGCAGCUGCAAAUGACGUGCUCUACUACUCGUGGUACACGUCUCUUGAUAUGUAUUGGCACGUGUAUCAUUUGUGCCGUAUUGGUGUCCCUCUUACUAAUGAUGAGAUUGUUGAGUCGCUCGAGGUGUUUGCCAAUAGCACACAAACUUGUGGUGGCGUGGCCGGCGUUGAUGCCGAGACACCUCUAGUUAUGAGGAUCAAAGUGGACGGUGAACUUGUGGACGUGUCAAAGCAUCCGAAGCUUGGCAAGUUCUUUGCCUUCACGGGUAAUUUAAACUGGAAUUACGCUAGUAUUCAGCAGCUUGGAGAGUAUUCGUACACGUAUGAACUGCCCGAGAUGUUUCGUCAGCAAAUCUUGAGCAACAAUGACAUGUGUACAGGAUUUAAUCGUGCAUUUGCUGCCACGUACACGACGUUGAAUGCUACUGCUGUCAAGAGCACGAUGACGACCAAGACAUCCACCACCACCCGAACCACCACGACGACUAAGAUUGUGAACGGCAAGAAAGUGACGACGACUAAAGUGAGCAAGGUGACCACUACAUCAAACCGCUCAUCAGCAUCGACGGCUUAUUCAACGGCUACCACUGGUCAACUUAUGAGCCGAUAUAACUACACAUACUUGGGCAAUUUCAGCACCGGCAAUGUUGUCUUCGGCGAGGGUACCAUUGUCUCGAAUGGCUACACAGGCUACAAGGCAUACUAUAGCAACGGAGCGAUUACGACCAAACACAAUGGUAUCAUCAGUACGUCUGCCUCAGCUACUUCGGGCUCCAUCGACUCUACUUACUCGAAAAUGUCGAACAUGGUGAUGAACGUGAUGGUGGGCACGAAAUCGGUGGCUCGCAAUGUUACGGUGUCUGUCGCUACGUCUGGUAGCUAUUGGGCGUGGUUAUCUACCGCAUACAACGGUUUGUACACUCGUUUCGAGGGUAAUGUGGAUUUGGUGGCGACGCAUAUGAAGCUUCUUGAAUGCUACACGUUCGAAAGUGUUUAUGGGUUGUCCAAUCUAACGUCCACUUUCGUGACGGACAAGAACCUGGUGACAGACCGGGUGGACUGUGGACAGCGCAUGGACCUUAUGCGUAGCGGUCUGUUGCAAUUGGCAGUUCGUUCGACUUCCUACUCAUCUAAAAGCUUGAAAUUUGCUAGCUCAACGGUGAUCAAGACCAUCCUCACGUCAUACAAGCGCGUCUUCACCCGCAACGUUUCGUACAUCCGUAGGUCUUACACCCAGAAGGUGCAAAACGACCUCGACUCGACGGAGCAAUCACUGGACAACAUCACCAUCACGUCAAACAGUGGAUUAGGCAACAAUGAGACAUCCUCCAUUGUUGUGAACACUGGCUACAUCAUGUCGAAGACGACGAGCAUGACGCAGCAGAACGCCGGUAUUUCAAAUACUGUCACGACCACUACCACGACGACGGCGGCUAAUGCAUCGGACACCCUGUCUGAGGCAUCUUCCGCUGACGAUGUGAGGUCUACAUUGGGAGGAAACACGAAGACUAUUACGGGUCAGAAGACGAAAAUGACAGGCUCGAACGGUAAAUCUGUCAGUACAACUACGCAUCCAAACGACGAGACCACCGCAACCACGAAGGGCGAUUCUGUCCAUUCAACGGUGACUGCAGGAUCGGGUGAUCUAACUACAGCUACGGGAUCAUCCUCCCCGGCCGCAUCAAAUACGGCUAUGACUCCUAAAACCAUAUCAGGUGCGACACCCCCUGGCGCGACUCCGGCACAAAUGUUGCCCGGCGCGACUUCUGCCCCUGUGAUGCCCGGCGCGACUUCUGCCCCUGUGAUGCCCGGCGCGACUCCUGCCCCUGUGAUGCCCGGCGCGACUCCUCCCCCUGUAAUGCCCGGCGCGAUUCCUUCUCUUACGACAUCUGACGCGACUCCUUCCCCUGUGAUGCCCGACGCGACUCCUGCUCAAAUGAUACCCGGCGCGACUCCUGCUCAAGUGAUGCUCGGAUCAACUCCUGCCCCUGUGAUGCCCGGCACGAAUCCAGCCCCUGUGAUGCCCGGCGCGACUCCAGCCCCUGAAAUGCCCGUCGCAACUUUUGCCCCUAUGAUGCCCGGCAUUACUCCAGCCCCUGUAAUGCCCGGCGCGAUUCCUUCUCUUACGACACCUGACGCGACUCCUUCCCCUGUGAUACCCGGCGCGACUCCUGCUCAGAUGAUGUCCGGCGCGACUCCUGAUCAAAUGAUGAUCGGAGCAACUCCUGUUCCUGUGAUGCCCGGCGCAAUUCCUGUUCCUUUAAUGCCCGGCGCAAUUCCUGUUCCUGUGACGCCCGGCGCGACUCCUUCUCUUGUGAUGCCCGGCGUGACUCUUGUCCAAAUGAUGCCUGGCGCGACUCCUUCUCCUGUGAUGCCCAGCGGGACCUAUGCCCUAGUAAUGCCCGGCGCGACUCCAGCCCCUACGACGCUCGUCGUGAUUGUUGUCCCUACGACGCCCGGCAUGACUCCCGUGCAUGUAAUGACCGGCGAUACUCCUGUGCCUACGAUGCCGUGUCCUACUCCUGCGCCGACGUUGCCAUGUCCUUGUGCUGCCCCUACAAUGCCUGGUGCUGCUCCUGUUCCUACGAUGAAGCAUUCUGAAACAUGCAUCAAUGUUUCUGUGGAAGGUGAUGCAACCUACUGCAUUGCUGGACCAAUCUGCAGUGGUUCUGGUGACUCACCGAAUGGCUCUAUGUGUCCUAUGGAGGGUGACGUUGCUGUCGGAGACUGCCACGACACGCUGGCCAGCUACCAGAACUCUAGCACUUGCAUCGCACCUGAGAAUGCCCGGUGUGCCAAGACUCAUACUGGUGUCUGGGGUUGUGUUUUUGACAUGAGGAAAGCUGCUCCGACGCCAGCUCCGACCACGGCGACUUACAUGGCAACUCGUUCCCCCGCCACGUCAGAAACGGACAAGCACACUUCGCUCUAUAGUGCCACGCCAGAGAUGACGAAGUCUGCGGCAGCUCCAUGCACCACUGGACCAUCGGAGGAAACCGCGACGGAUGUUUCGACGACGACUGGAAUCAAGACCGCUACGACUGCGUCUACAGACCAACAGGAGGAUUAUACCAUUGAGAAGCAGCAUCAAAGUGCUUUAUCGUCGUCUAACCAGAAACUCUCCACGUCCUACGCUGCCACGACAUUGGCCUCGGGCAACUCGAACUCAAACUCGAACUCGGGCAAUGGAGGUGCUACUCUGGUUCUGAGUAUUUGUGCCGCUGUCGCCACUGUUGUUGCUCUCGCCGGUUUCACUGUUUUCAAGAUGAAGCAGCGUCCUAGCAAUACCGUUGCAUCACCCGGCGCGUACUACAUCCAGCCUACAACCCCGAACACUGAUUCAACGCGGUUGUAA